AUGGCCCCUGGUGUCCUCCACCGCGUCAUCCACGGCACCCACGACCCUGAACCAUGGCAGAAAUCACUCCUGACCGUCCGGCCCGCCAUGCUCCAAUCCUACCGCCGCCACCGCGUCCGACACGCAGACUACCCCGCGAUCCUGGCGCACGAAGGCUCCUGCGUACGCGGGUCCGUGGUCUCAGGUUUAACAAGAGGAGAUCUCUAUCGCCUCGACAUCUUCGAAGGUGACCAGUACAGCCGGCAAAAGGUAAAAGUGCAAGUAUUGAAAGAUAUAGGGCUAGACGAGGCUGCAGAGGAAGGUAGGACGGAGGUUAUCGAAGAAGUGGAAGCGGAGACAUAUGUGUGGGGGGAGGGUGAGAAGACGCUGGAGGCCAAGGAGUGGGAUUUCGAGGAGUUCAAGCGCGACAAGAUGAAGGCGUGGAUGGGGAUGGUGAAGGAUGAGACAGGUGAGAUCGAGGUGGAUGAGGGGUUUGCGGAUGUCGAUCAUGCGGUGGCAGAGCAACAGCAGCAAGACCAGGAGGGACAUGAUCCAAUGGGUGGACGGGGCGCAAAUGGGCAUAUCACGCAGCAGUUGAAGAAUGCGGCGGUUCUAGACUCCGGGAGCUGA